ACGGCCGGGCCCUCCUCUGCCCCUCGCCCGGAGCCGGUUUUAGCCUCCCCCUUUGGUAUUUUUCCGGCUGGUGAGGCUUGUUCGUAGGCGACGCUAAGCUGGGUGGAAGCGUGGAUCUGAUGGGGCUCCAAAGGGAUCUGAACAGGCGGGACCGCUGGGCUGAGAGCAGUGGCACGAGGUUUAACAAGGCCAAAGGCCGGGUCCUGCACUUGGGGCGCAACAACCCUGUGCAGCUACAGAGUGGGGGAAGAGUGGAGUCCUGCUGUCAGUUCUGGAGUGCUCGGCACAGGAAGGAUAGAGAUGUGUUAGAGGAGGGCCAUGAAGAUGAUCAGGGGGCUGCAGCACCUCUCCUGCAAAGGCUGAGAGAGUUGGGGUUGUUCAGCCUGGAGAAGAGAAGGCUUUGGGGAAACCUUAUAGCAGCCUUCCAGAAGUUAAAAGAGAGCCUACAGGAAAGCUGGGGUGGGGCUUUUAAGCACAGAGUGCAGUGAGAGGAUUAGGGGUAACGUUUUUAAGCUGGAAAGGGGGAGAUGUUAGGAAUAAUUUUUUUUACUGUAAGAGUGGUGAGGCCCUGGCACAGGUUGCCAAGAGAAGCAGUGGAUGCCCAAUCCCUAGAGGUAUUCAAGACCAGGUUGGAUGAGUCUUUGAUCAACCUGAACCAGUGGAAGGUGUCCCUGGCCAUGGCAGGGGGGUUAGAACUGGAUGAUCUUUGAAGUUUUCCCACCCAAACCUUUCUACGAUCCUAUAUGGUCUGUGUAAAUUGCCUUGAAGUUUCCCAUUGCUUUAGUUAUACGUAAAUUGCACACAACUUGUAAAUAAAAGCAGAGAUGCCAUUUGCAGUUAGAGCUGUAGUGGGAUUCUUCUGCAAGAGCUGAGAGUCUGCGCUGACCUGCAGGGAAGACUUGAAAGCCUGAAUGCUAAAAAGUAUCAAAGACAAUUUUCCUUUUAUUUUUGUUAGGAUUUGACUAUGGCAGUGCAGUUCCUGCGGAAGGCAUCUGUGUGGUUAAAGAAGCGCAAGAUCACUUUGUUGGCUGUUUCGUGCAUGGGACUGUUUAGCACUAACCUUUCCUAUCAUUUGUUUCCUGAGCAGACAUUCAAACUGUUGCAUGAGUGCUGGUCAGAGGGGCAGCCAGCUGAGCUUUCACAGAAGCUCUGUGGUGUCUUUCAGGAUGUCCUUCGAGACACUAAUGUGAAGUCCACCGAUUCCUAUCGAGCCUUUGCAGCUUCUGGUUUCCUCCCUGUGAGUGCUGGAAUCCCCUGGCUGCCUGCAGGCUCUUUGGUGGGCAUCCCGCCUAACUUUGAUAGCACAGCUGAGGAUGAAAAAGGAAUAGUCAACCAUGUCGUUGUGAUCAAUGGCAAGGAAGUAGACUGGGAGAGCAACGAAGGUGUUGCUUUGAAAGAAGCUCUGACAUUUUCACUUGAAGCUCAGAAGUUUGCCAUUGCCAGAGAAGUUGCAUAUUUGCGGAGUGGCAGCCCUUUAGCAAGUGCAAUUGUGGCUCCAACUUGCUUAGCUGGUACAUUUCUCUGUGGGAAAGUUAUAAAGCUACAUCUGGGUUUGUCUUCUGGCCCCGUGAUACUUCGCAGCCUCUGUAACCUCAUAACUGCCGCUGCUGGACUAAUGUUCUAUUAUAUUUCUUAUGACGCUAUGACCUAUCACCUAGACUGCAAGGCUGACAGAAAGGCAGCUACUAUCUCCAAAGACUACGCCAAAGGAGGGGUUGAAUUUUAUGAUAAAAUCUUGUCCCGCAACAGGAUUCUUCGUGGUCUGAUGGGCAAACAAGGGCCAAAAAUGUAUGCUCCGAGUGGUAACCUUUUCCCAAGGUACUGGUUCAGAAUAAAGUAUACCCCAUACACUUACCGGAGAGAUUUGAUUGUUAAUAUUUUAAGAGAGCUCCAGGCAUAGGAAGGGAGUGCUUGAAUUUUAAACUUGUGAAUUAUGUAUUCUCUUGGAAUACUGCUGUGUUGCUAUUUUUUUUCUGUAUCUUCAUUAGAAUUUCGGGGUUUAUUUUUGCAUAUAGUUCGGAAGGAGUUAUUGCACAUUCUGUGAAUAAAGAAUUCUCUCUUAAAAUAUUAAAGGCUCGCUUCAAAAGUGCUCUGUUCUGUGUGCAUCUCAAAUCACAAGACUGCUGAGGAGGGGAAUUUCUCACACUUUGAACUGGAAGUUCUGCUGUUCUGCUCUGCCUUCCUGCCAGUGCAGUCUGGAAAAUGGAAAGGGUAAAGUUCAAUGGAGAGUUUUGGGAGCAUUAUCAUUUAAACUGGGGAGUUUGUAUGUAUGUUUGCCAUUCCUCCUAUGGAACAACCCGAAGAUGUUCAAAAACCAGGGCAGUCUGUA